AUGUCUCUGCUUCCUGUUCUGAAGUACAUUCCUCUCCUGCUUUUCAACAUCACUUUCUACACAUCUCUUUCACCAACACACGUACAUUCUCUCUCUUUCCUUUGUCCUUCUCUGCUAUUUCCUCUCUCCCUAAAUUAUCAUUUCUUUCUUUCCUCAUCACCCACCACCACUUGUAAGUUGUUUUCUUUUUCUUCUCAUUUUCUCUUCUAUUUUUCUUUCUAUCCGCCUUCAAUUAUUCGAUCUAUUUUUUCGCUUUCUCACUCUUUCUCUGUCUUUCAUGCUUCUUCACUAUUUCCCCCUCACUAUAUUAUCAUCACUUUCUUUUCUCAUCGCUUUUCUUUUGCUCCUCCUUUUGCGUUGUAUUAUGUGCCACCACUUCUUCUCUGUUUACUUUUGUUUACCAUUCUCUUCCUAUCUCAACACAUUUAUUCUACUUUUACUUCUUCUUCUUUCUGUUUCUCCUUUUUUUCUUUUCAUUUAUACUUUUUUAUCACGCUCUCUCUCUACAUAUAUAAAUAUUUCUUCUUUUUUUCUUCUCCUUGUUCUUAUUUCAUUUUUCUUCUUGUUCUAUUUGUCCCCUUUCUUUUUUUUACCCCCCUCUCUCUACGUAUUUCUUUUUCUUUUCUUUAUUUUCUGCUUCGUUUUCUUCUUUUUUUUUUCAUCGCUACUAAAUUCCUAUCCUCCCUAUUCUCUAAUCCUCUUAUUUACCAUUCUAUCUAUAUCUCUACUCAAUUCUUCUUCUUUUUUUGUUCUAAUAAUUUGUCGACAUUUUUUAUUCUCUCGUUUCUCCUUGCUAAUUUCUUCGUCCCAUUAAUUUCGUCUUUGCUAUCUCAAACUUCUACGUCGUCCUUUAUCGAUUGUUCCAUCUCUUAUGGUACUAAGUUUAACAUGCGGCUUACUACUAUUCAUGCAAAAUUUAAGUACACCCCUCCCCAUCCCCCAAACCUGAGGCGUUUCUCUUUUGUAAGACGAAGAGAAACGAGAGAAAAAAAAAUACUCCAAAAAUCCAUUGAUGAUUUACAAAAAAGGUGUGACAGUCAAUAUUUUGGAUACAAAUGCAAAUUCAGGUGCCACUGCAAGGAAGACGAACCAUGCGAAAAACUGGUCGGACACUGCGAUUCUGGAUGUAAAGACGGAUACUGGGGACCUGGAUGUCAAUUAGAAAACAAAUGUUAUUACAAUGGCAAAAUCGACCAAUAUAUGGGAACGAAAUCAGUGACUGUGAAUCUCUACACUUGUCAGCGAUGGGAUUCACAACAUCCUCACAAACACACUUACAGACCUCACAGCUUCGUGGAUAAAAUUUAUCCGGAGAAUUAUUGUCGGACAACACCGGAUACGGAACGGAAUUGGUGCUACACAUCAGAUCGGAAAAUGAGAUGGGAUUACUGUAACGUUAAAGACUGUCGUUGUCCUCAAGGUCGAUUCGGCGAGAAUUGCGCCAAGGAAUGUCACUGUAAAGAGGCCGAUGAAGUGUGUGACAGCGUCCUGGGAAUGUGUAAAAGUGGUUGUGCAUUAGGUUGGACAAAUUACGAUUGUCAAACCGUGACUGAAGACAACACAGACAUCAUCGGUACUUUCAUUUGCCAUGUUUAUUUUUCAUCGUCAUAG